CCAAUAUGGUUGAAUACCACAAGUCCAGGAGCAAGUUACACUUUUGCUGCGUUUCUUGUGCCAGGAAUCAUUUUUGUUUAAAGCAAUGUUGACAACUUAAAUUUAGGAUAUUAAUUUCAAUAAUUUGCAAUGCAUUUUAAUGGACAUUGAUGAAUGACUUUUAAACUUCGCUUCUAGAGUUAGGUUUAUUUAUCAAUCUGUAAAACAUGGCGUCGCCGUCUCAUAAAAUGAGUGACGAAAAUUUAGAAAAGAAGAUGCUAAAUGUAUCUAAUACACAAGACAGUAUUCAAAGCUUGUCGCUUUGGUUGAUACACCACAAAUCCCAUCACAAACGUGUAGUGGAUGUCUGGCUGAACACCUUUAAGAAAGUUCCAUCCAAGCAGAAGCUGGUAUUGUUCAACCUGUGUAAUGACGUUUGUCAGAAUGGGAAAAGAAAGAGGGCUGGUAUCUACAUAGAGAGCUUUAAGACAGUACUGACAGAAGCUAUCGCAUACUCUCGUGACAAGUCAAUCCAGCCAAAUAUAGGCAGGAUAUUGAAAAUAUGGGGAGAAAGAAGUAUCUUUCCAAAGGGUUACUUAGACGAGCUGACAGAAAUGUUAAUGAAAGAUUCUCCGGCCCCUACUCCAGUUGGAAAUAAUGCUGUCAGCCCAGCCACUCCAGCAGGAUCCACCCCAGCUACUCCCACACAAGCAUACAAACCAACAACAAAAAUAAAAGAUGAGGAAAAGAUACUGGCAGAAUUCAAGCCCCAGAUGCUGAUUGAUAAAAUUAAUAGCUACAAAAGGCUGGAGGGAGAAGUGGAACUCAAAUUCAAACAGAUCUCAAGUCUCAAGCUGGACGCCUCCAGUGUAGAAGCAGUGUCACAGCUCAAAGAUCGAGCCCACGGGAAACAGUUCAGUCAGCAGUUUGAGGACUCUUGUUCUAAGCUGGAGAAUUACGUCUCGAGUGCUGAGCAGCAGAUCCAGGAACAGAAGGUGAUGAUUGAGCUUCUAGAACAGAGUCAAGUGUUCUACGACGAGCAGUAUCGGGAGGCUAGGAUCGUGGCUAAUGCUUACAAGAACUUUGGAACCAGAAUCAAUAAUCUUCGUAAGAAGUUGGAGGAUUUGAUGAAGUCUCUACCUAGCCCUGUCCCCUCCCCCUCAUAUGAUGCCCCGUCUCCAGGCAACACCCCUCCUCUGGAGGAGAUUGACAACACAGAGGCUGUGGACAUGGAUCUAGAUGAUGAUGAUAACCCAGCAGCUAGCACUAUUCUAGCUGCACAGCAGUCUGCCAGCAUCAGUAACAAUAUGGGUUCAUCUGAAACUGAGGUGUAUGAUCCUGAGGAACAGAUGUCCUCCAAACCAAAAUAUGUUGCUGGACCGAAUGCGCUAGAGUCACGAAUAGCCACAAUGAUACCAUCGCUCCCAACAGGCAGUGUCCAGCACACUCCAGCAGUCCAAACAGGCAGUAUUCACCACAAUGUGGAUCCUCGAUCUCAACUGCCACCAUCUGCAGAUAACCCUCCUGUCUACAUCCCCCCAAAACCAACAGUCAUCAAGGUGCUACAACAAGAGGGAGGUACCCCCACAAAAGAUGAAGGCAGUUCAACCCCAGUCAUGGAUGAAAAGGAGGACUCACCCCCUAGAUCACAUCAGAAUCCUAUUGAUUUUCUCACUCAGAUUCUGUCAAAAACUCCUAAAGCCUCCACUCCAAGUUCUAAUUUUCUUCAAAAUCUUUCUCUGCUCACGAACACAGUGAAAUCCCAGUUUCAACACAACAGAGAUGUCGUUAAACAACCUCAGGCACCUCUUCAACCCCCUGCUUCUGAGACACCCAACUCUUGGGCAGAAUGGAAGGCUCAGAUGAAACCAGAGGAGGUGCCACAGGCAGCAGCUCCUGCUCUAGGAGUGCCACAGGCUAAUCCACCACCUCAUCUGGCACCACCAAUGUUUUCACAAAUGAAUUCUAUGUCAUCAGCACCACAACCAAUUUCUGCACCUGCCCCCACCAUUGUUUCCCCUCCAAUAAUUUCUCCUCCUUUGGGUGUGGUUAGACCACCCCCUCUUCAGGUCCCUAGGCCUAAUUUCAUUCCUCAGCAAGCAUCCAGCCCAGAGGCUUGGAACCCUCGACCCCCUAUUCCCCCUCAACCAUUUCCUACACAGCCCAACUUUUCUGGGGGAGGAUUUCAAGUGGGUCAGGGGGACAGGGUUUCUCCAACAUGGAAUCCACCAAGUGCUCCAAGUUCAGGCAGUACAUCACCAGGAUGGAACCCUCCAUCUGGACCCCAGAAUCAUUCCGGCCAAGUUUGGAAUCAGCCAGGAGCGGGACCUCCACCUGGAAGCAAUUGGAACCCCCCAGUAAACAAGCCUGAGCAGAAAUGGGGCAACCAGGAUGAGGGGUCCUGGAAUCAGCCUUGGGACCAGAAGAAGGAGGCUACUCCCACAGAAGAUGAAUCAUCUGCAAAUGUGUCCUCACUUCCUCCACCACCAAAGGGAAUUUUACGGAACAGGAAGUCUAGUCUUAAAGAGGUGCCGAUAACUCCUAGUGAAUCCUUGGAGGACAAUUCCCUCCCAGUACCCCCUGGGGAACCCCCUUCACCCACAGAAGGUAAACCCAAACCAGCAGCUAAGGAAAAAACUGCCAACAGUGCGCCUGAUGAUCACAGAGAGUUUUUGGAAAAACUUAAGAAGAAGACUACAGGGGGUGCAGGCAGUAAUCUUGUGUCUCCCCCAGUCAUGGAGGAGAAUGUUGAUAAAGCCCAAGCCAAGUCUAAUGUCUCCAAUGUCCCAGUGAUGGACUAUUCAGAAAAUAAUAACUCUUUCCCUAGAUCCAACACAGGUGACCAAAUGGAAGAGGAACAAAGUAUAUCGAAAAUAGAAACUGUGAGAGUGGAACGUCGUUACCAGGUAAAACAUGAUGACAUUCGCUUGCCAGAGAAGCCAUCAGUGCACAAAGACUAUAGAUAUGAAGACAAUUAUGAGAGGCAUGAUAAUUAUGAGAGACCUGAAAGGCAAGAUAAUGGUGGCUUUAGAGAUGACUAUGGACCACCAUUUAGGGGUGGUAGGGGGCCUCCUGGACCACAAUACAGACACCCUGGUCCUUACAGAGGGGGGCGGGACUCAGCUUGGAGGGAGCCCCCUUAUAGGGAAAGGCCAGGACCCCCUCCCCCUAGACACUAUUAUGAUCAAUAUAAUGAUCACAGAAGACCAUACUAUUACUGAUUUUUAGAGUUUUCAGAUUCUGUUUUGUAUAUUGGUCAGCUGGAAAUAUUAAGGGAGAAAAAUCUGAAUUUGUUGUAAUUUGGAA